AUGUUGAGCGGUGAAGGGGACAACGUCCAAGAUGACUUCGAUUACAUUUCUAAAGUGCGACAUCAGCUGAAGAGAAGGAAGAGCGAGAUCAAAGUCAACCCUACACUGCCAUCUCCCAACGAGCUUGAGAAAUUCCAUGCUGGACUGAUAGCAGAUGUAGUGAUUGAACAUCACGUCAAAUUGAAAGAACAAGAGUUGGGCCUUCGAAAAGCUUCUCAAGUGGUGCAUGAGAAAAGGAGGAAGAGGUUAGAUGAAGAUGGAGCUGUACACCGUACCUGGGCACCAGACCCUGUUAGAUUUCGAGGAAAGUCGCUUUUUCUCUUCUCAAUCUCACAUCCAUUGCGAUAUGCCUCUAUCUACAUUCUGCAGCAUGGACUAGAGCAAGUGAUGUUGAUUCUGAUCUUAAUCAAUGCAGUCAUACUUGCUUGCUUCGACCCCCAUGACACAACAGACUAUCGUCCGAUCUCUGCUCGUCGAAAUGUUUUGAGAGCAAUCAAUCAAAUUCUUUCCAUCUGUUUCGGGUUUGAAUGCCUCAUCAAGAUCGUUGCUCAAGGACUCCUUCUAGGCCCAACAAGUUUCCUGUCUGACGGAUGGGGAUGGAUGGAUCUUGUAAUUGUUGUCUUGGGUUUGAUGCAAGAUUUCUUGAGCAUAAGCUGGCUGAGGAGCAUGGCGGUUCUAAGAGCUUCCAGAAUGUUGAGGCCACUGCGAGCUAUCAAUAAGGUGCCGCAAUUGAAACUUCUGGUCUCUUUCCUUCUACAAGUCGUUCCAACCUUGAACACAGUCUUGUUCCUCUGCACGUUCAUCUUCUUCAUCUUUGCCAUUGUGGGAGUACAGGUUUUUCAAGGCUGGGUAUCCAUCAUGCGAUCUGUCUCUGAAACCUCUUCGGGGUUUGUCUUCUUCUUCUUCCUUGCCCUGAUACAAAACAAACGACAUCUUGGCAGGGAUGUGAUUAAAGCAAAUUCAAAAAUUCUUCUUUACCUGGGAUCAAAUCAGGCCAUCGAAGCAACAGCUUUUGAAACAAACUACUGCAGGGGUGGGAUUAUCAAUUUUGAAGGAGAUCGGAGAACCAGCUGUCGUGAUGAGCUUGAAGCUGGGAGGAACAGCUAUGAAAAACGGGAGAUAAUGAAAGGAGAUAGCAUCAUUCAAAUCGACAACACAGACAUCGUCCCUCUGGAUUUGCACGCAGUCUAUCAGCUCAUGGUUGGCAGGAGAGGAAGUCGUGUGACAUUGACAAUCAGACGGACCAAGACCAGACGCAUUGCAUCAACACCUCGAGCAGGAAGCCAAGAAAACAGGACAAUCACUGAAGAGGUUGAUCAUGUGAUUCCGCUGGUUCGAGAUUUGCUUCCACAAAUGUUCGAAGAAGAACAAUAUCAGAAAGAGCUAAUCCGGCAGGAAAAGGAUGAAGACGAAUUUUGGGAAAAAGCGAAAUCAGUUCUUGAGCCAUACAGUGGCAGGCAGAAAGAAUAUGUACCGUUUCGCGAGCGCCUAAGACGGACUGCAAUUUCUGACACUCUUUCGGACAUCAUGUCCGUCAUUAUUGUUAUCAACAUCUCUUGUUUGGGUUUCUAUCAUGAGCUUGACAGUCCUAUAGGAAAUUUGUGGGUAUCCAGUGGAAAGACGAGGAGUUACUGGCUAUUCCGAGCUUCUCUUGAAGGGCUCAAUGUUUUAUUUCUUUGCACUUACGUGAUUGAAAUGGCAAUCAAGAUCGCUGGACUUGGCAUAUUUGGUUAUAUCAAAGUUCCACAAAAUCUCUUUGAUGGAUUCAUCGUAUGCAUUGGAGCGUACGAAUUUCCGACAGGUCUUAGUCUCAUCUUUUGCUAUCUUCAGAACCAAGACGGAAGUGUUUGUAACGCUUCAAGCACAACCCUCAGUGUUCUCCGUGCCUUCCGUCUUGUUCGUCUUGUCAAAUUUCUACGAAAGUUUCCCCAAUUUCAAAGACAAGUGGGAAGAAUUGCUGAGAUGCUGCGACCUGUUGCAACAAUGGUAGUUUUGAUCAUGUUGUUCCUCUUCAUCUACACUAUCCUCGGGAUGAACUUGUUUGGGGCAAAGAUGUGGUAUCGCCCAACAUGGCAGGAUAUUGAGCUUGGAGAAUGGGUCUACGUUGACAUUCCAGGUGAUGAUUUGCCAUCUCUAUUGCCUGGAAGGCCAGGGAUUGUUCAGAGUAUAGAUAGAGCACAACAUCCGAGACUGCCGUAUAGAGUGCGAAUAGUUAGCAGCUUCACAACAUUCGGAUACGAGACGGAAGAAGUUUGGGCGGGCAUUAGGAAUGAUGACGUAUUCACUGUUCUUCCGUGGGAUAAUUCUGCUGCAAUCUCUUUUGCUAUUCCUCGCGAAAAUUUUGAUACGUUUCAGUCUGCAUUAUUGACUGUAUUCCAGAUCUUGACACAAACAAACUGGCAGAACAUCAUGUACUCUGCCUGUUCGAUCAAUGGAGGGCCAUCAGCUUUAUACUUUUAUGCCUUGAUUUUCGUUGGAAACUAUGUUCUUAUGAACGUUUUCCUGGGAAUUGUAAUUGUUGGUUUUGGAGAUAAUAAGGGCCAACUGGCAAUCAUUGAGCGAGAUAACAGGGAACUGGCAAUGCAGCGAUUCAAAUCUAGUCGUAUUCUCGAAAAAAAUGUCAUCAAGGCUUUAUCAAAACAUCUUUGCAACUUUCCCGGACCUAAUUGCAUGUUAGGAGGGGUCUCCAUGUGGAGUUUACUUCAAUUUCGUGAAAAGAAAGUUGCAACAUUUAAUGUGAAGACAAUUUCAGCAGGUUCGGAGAUUGUAUACGACUACGAUUAUGUUCAAAUACCAAUGGCUGUCCGAGAUGCUGCAAAGCUUUUGCUGGGUUCGAUGAACUUUCAAUUUCUUGGGAACGAGCCACUACCUACAGCCACAGACAUCCAGCGAAUCAUUCUUGACCUACGAACUGUACGAGUGCUUUCACGCAAGCGAAACAAGCUGGGAAAGAUUCUGAAAAGCAAAGCUCAGUCUUCUCGAGUCCUACCUGCUCUGAUUGUCAAUGUCAAAAAUACUAACACAAGCUCGUUUUUCAUUGCUGUAGAAUAUCUCUUCAAGUUCUGGGAGCGAGUUGAAGCAACGGAAGAGAAGCAAAUGAUUCGUGGGAUGGAGUCCAAUCUUGCAAUGACGGAAGAACAAAUGAAUGACAAUAUGCAAUUAAUCUUGGAGGGUGCAGACCUAACCAUUGCAGAACAAGCGCGCAAGAACGUCGGAGAUCCCUUUCAUUCUGACAUUGCGAUGCAACUGCUUCAUCCUGAUGGUUCAACAAGAUGUCAAGGAGUGGUUGGUAGGAGAACUCAGUGUCCGAACAAACUCGACUGUAUGGAACAUAGAGAAGUCAACGUGCGGUUCCUUUCGGGAUAUCAGAGUCUGAAACUCAUAUCUCGUGGCAACACCUCGGUUGCGAUGGCACGAGAUGGAGAAAACCUUGCAAAGAUGAUGCGGACAGGUCUACAAUCUUCACUUGAAAACCACUCACAAGAUGAUGUUCCUUACUCGGUCUGUGGAUGCAUAACAUGGAACAAUCCUAUUCGCACAUUUGCAGGGAAUGUCGUCAACAAUCCUCUCACUGAAAAAUUCAUUGUGACUCUUAUUCUCAUUGACUGCAUGGCUCUUGCUACUGAACGUCCGUUUCGAUCCAAUUUGGAAGAAACCAUCACGACCUGGCUGCACAUUUCUGUAACUCUCUUUUUCGUUUUUGAAGCAUCUUUCAAAGUUCUCUGGUAUGGACUGAAAAAGUAUUCAAGAAAUCCAUGGAACCGUGUGGAUAUGAUUGUUGUGCUGGGAGGAAUCACUGAAAUCUUGAUGCAACUCAUCAUACUUACUUCUUCGGCUGUGGCUGCAAUUCGCAUUAUUCGAAUCGUCAAAGGCUUGAGGGCGCUGAGGCCUUUAAGAAUCCUCGCACAGACUACCGGUCUUCGCAUUCUGCUGUCAACUCUAGCAGGGGCAUGGAAGCCCAUUAUCAGCGCAGCUCUCGUUUCAGUAGCUGUGUUUCUUGUGAUUGCAAUCCUUGGCAUGCAAGUUUUAAGUGGGAAUAUGCACUUCUGCAGUGACCCGAUGAUCUGGACCAAGGAAGCUUGCAACGGAACAGAUCCUGGAGGCGCAUCUAGAGUUUGGCAAAAAGACUCUUUGAACUUUGACUGGAUUGGGGAUGGUCUGAUUUACGUUUAUGUGUUGGCUUCUCAAGAUAAUUGGCCUGUCCUGAUGCGCCAGGGAAUAGACUCCACGGGGCCAACAACAGGGCCUCGCAAAGACAACAUAUCAUGGUUUGCUGUAUACUACAUCUUUGUCAUUGUGAUUGGAGGGUUCUUUCUGAUCUCUGCCAGCAUCGGCGUCUUUGUGCAAGCAUUCUCGGUUGCUUCUGUUGCCAUGGAGUCACUUCAACCACCUCCAAGGAAACCAAGCCGGGCGGCACUUCCAUACGUGUUUGAUCCUCCUUCCAGUUUUGUGAGAAGUCGACUUUAUUCGAUCUACACGUCUAUGCCAUUUGAGAAGUUUUUACUUCUUUGCAUUGUCGGAAACAUAGUUAUCAUGUCGUUCGAAAGUUUUCAUGAUUCAGCAUACUCUGUUAAUAUUCAGACUGGUUUCAACAUGUUCUUUAUGUUUACAUUUGGGAUUGAGGCAUUUGUUGCCCUCAUUUCAGUUUAUCCUCGACAGUAUUUCACGAACUUUAUGAAUUCUUUCGACAUGUUUGUUGUUCUUGUAUCGUUUGCUUCGUUUGCUUUCGAAUCUCAGUUUUCGAGUGGUACAACGGUAAAUCCAAGGAUGCUUCGAGUUGUAAGGGUCUUCCGACUUUUCAGAACUCUCAGAACUCUAAGAAUUUUACGAUCUGCCAAAGGAUUGACAGUAAUUCUGGACGUGCUGAAACGAUCUGUCAUUUUGAUUGUUAACCUACUUCUUCUGCUUGUGCUUGUCUUCUAUUCCUGUGGAGUCGUGGGAGUAGCAUUCUUCUCUCACAUGUGCACAGACGCAUAUCGGACUAAUGAUGUUGUUCAUCGAUGUGAUCUUCUGGCAUCUGAUUCACUCCUAUCAUCCGUUUCCAACUUCCAGAAUUUGGGACUUGGUAUGAUACAACUGUUUGAACUGAGCACGAGAGAUAUGUGGUCCGAUGUCAUGUGGAAGUACAACCUGAGGAUCACCUCUGCACGGAACCCAAAUGCCCUUGACGAAGCUGUGAGGGCGUUGCAGUCUUACAAGCAAACAAGUGUCUAUACUUUGAAGCAAGAGUAUCUUCAAGCAGCGCGCAACGCUUUACCCCAGUGCCAGACUUAUGAUGAACUCAAGAAGCUACAGGAUGAUGGACUGCUCGUGUGCGAAAGCACUCCAUGCCUAGAAACGUGCGGAAAUAUAGCUAGUCUUAUAUUCUUUCCCUUCUUCGUUGCAGUGGCUUCGUUUAUCUUGAUGAAUUUGGUUACCGCUGUGCUUAUGAGAGAACUCGUGAAAGGCGAGAAUGUGAUUCAGAAGAAAUGGAAAAGAAACGCGAAUGGGAAAAGUUCUAUGCAUCGGAUUCUCUCCAAUAAGAUUAAAGAUCUUACUCAAAAACAGUAUAUCACAAUGGAACAAUUCGAAGAUCUUGCUUAUCAGCUUGCAAACAUUUUUAUUUCGCCUCCAGAUCCUGGCCAAGUCGAAGAGUUUGAGAAUAGACUCAUGGAUAUUGAGAAGAAAGCACAAAUUGCCCAAGGCGGUCCCUCAGACGAGACAUUGCUCGUGUUCUGCAUUGUUCUGAAGCGCAAAUUGAAAUACCUGAAGUCUUUGCAGCAGAAGACACCCGGUCUACCGCUGCGAGAGUUGUCUUUCUACCGUUGGAUGAUAUACUGA